UGCUCAUCAAAGGCGGAUGGUAGCAACACAAGCACCUCGAUUGUUCUCUUCUACUACUCGAACCUCGAUGACCGCAGUCGGCCCGCUCAUGUCAACUUACUGACCAGUUUUCCUCCAUCAUAGCGGCGCUCUGUAAUUUGUCUCAAAGGCUUUCACGCCCUCGGGGAGGGUUCACGUCACCACGUUUUUUUUUUGUGUGUGUAAUUGUCACUUCCGGGGGGAGCCGCCGCCGCCGCUGCUGGGUUGAAUUAGCCGUUUACCGGUGAGCAAGCUGGGCUGCCUCGAUGCUCCGUGCGGGCAGGAUGGAGGAGUUUGUCACGGAGGAAGAGGAGCCAUGGUACGACCAGCGCGACUUGGAGCAAGACUUACACCUGGCAGCGGAGCUCGGCAAAACCCUGCUGGAACGCAACAAGGAGCUGGAGGAUUCCCUUCAGCAGAUGUACAUCAACAAUGAGGAGCAAGUGCAUGAGAUAGAGUACCUCUCCAAGCAACUGGAGAUGUUACGGGAGAUGAACGAGCAGCAUGCAAAGGUUUACGAGCAGCUGGAUGUGACUGCCAGAGAGUUGGAGAUCACCAAUGAGAAGCUGGUGCUGGAGAGCAAGGCCUCGCAGCAGAAAAUAGACAGGUUGACUGGCACCAUGGAGACCUUACAGGGUCAGGUAGACAGUCUGACAGCUCGGGUGGAGGAGCUGCGAACUAUGGAGGAGUUGAGGGUCAUCCGAGAGAAGAAGGAGCGCCGCAAGACGGUCCACUCGUUUCCCUGCCUCAAAGAACUCUGCACUGCACCAAGGUAUGAGGACGGUUUCCUGUUGGCCAACCCUGGCAGCGUGGACCUCGCCGAGAGGCAGCCGGCCGAGGAGGAGAAUGAGCGCCUGAGGGACAUCGUGACGUCGCUGCGUUCGGCGUUGGCGGCAGAGCGCUCCAAGAGGGAGGGCGCCGAGCGGGAGUGUGCCGGCGUGCUGCAUGAGUUCGACCGUCUAGAGCAGCGUCUGCUCGGAGCCGAGGGCUGCCAGCUGCGAGUUCGGGAGCUGGAGGCGGAGCUCCAAGAGAUGCAGCUGCUGAGGAAGUCCAGGGCGUGUCUGAUGGAGGAGGGCAUCGAGACUUUGCUCGGUAACGGCCCCGAGACGGACACGCCGGAUGAAGCCGCCGUCGUGGACGCGGGAGGAGAAGUUGGUGCCGGUGAGCCGGGAGGCCCUGUGAGGAAAAGCUGCAGCGACACGGCCCUGAACGUUAUCACGGUCCGUGACCCCCCGGGUAGACGCCAGGCAGGGCGCAAACGAGGCAUGUCCAUCCUAAGUGAGGUGGACGAGCAGUACCACGCCCUGCUGGAGAAGUACGAGGAGCUCCUGGGAAAGUGCCGGCGCGACGAAGAGCGCCUGUGCCACGCCGAGGUCCAGACGUCACGCCCCGUGUCCAGGGACCCCUCCUUGAAGGAGUACAGCAUGGCCUCUUUGGGGGCGGUGGCCGCGGUGGUCGGCUCCCCUCCCACUCCCCCCCAGACCCCGUCCACGCCAGAGGCCCUGGAGGGCAUCAGCAGGCAGGUGGAGCAAGUGGACAAACGUCUGAGCCAGAACACGCCCGAGUACAAAGCGCUCUUCAAGGAGAUCUUCUCCCGCUUGCAGAAGACCAAGAGCGACGUGAGCGCCACCAAGGGCAGAAAAAGUGGCAAAUGAGCCGUUUUGUGCAGUUAAACAUCCAUUUAGUGUGCCUAACCUCACCAGGGUCACACGUGAGCUGGGGCCUGUCCCAGCUGACUUUGGGUAAGAGGCAGGAUAAACAAUUUCGAGUCCUCGAUGAACCCAAUAUGCAUGUUUUUGGAAUGUGUGAGUAAGCUGGAGAAAACCUAUACGCAAGCACUGCCUCUUGCCUCCUGACAGUUGGGAUAGACUCCAGUUCACCCACGACCCCGAUGAGGAUGAUCACUCUAAGAAACGAAUGGAUGGAUUAUUAUUUAUAAGAUGCUUGAUUUUUCCGCAAUUCUACUAAGUGAUCGCCUCAAGAAAGUUCGUUACUGGAUAUUCCAAAUGCUUCUCAUUUAACUCGUGCGACGUCAAGCAAAUGAAACAAAGCAGGUUCUAGGGAUGUGGUUAAUAUGAUGGACUGAUAUGUGCAAAAAUUAGUUUUUCUGGUUGAGCUUUAUUACCGCACUCAUGACUUAAUGCCUCAAGCUGUGUGGUAUCGAAAGAAGUUUCCCAACCGUUGAGACCAGGUACUUAUUUUGUUAGAAAAAAAAAUCCCAUGGCAUACCAACAAACUCCAUAAAGUAUAUAGAAGUAACGAUCUCAUCUCACUUGACUCACAAAUGUGUAACUGAACAUGUAUGAAUGGCAGCAGGUGAUUACACAGGUUAAUUGUACCUUCUGCCAUCUUUUGAAAGAACAUUUGUUCUGCCUAAUGCUAAACUUAACUAGCAUUGAUAAAUGAAAAAAGAUACAUUUGUAGUAAAUAUGUCCUAAGACCAAUGACGUGAAAUUGGAUAUUUUCCUGUGGCACGGGCUGGGAAUCACUGCAUCUCAUUGAACAUUCUGAAUUCUCUUGAAUAGGUGGAUUUAAAUCUUUUAAAUCUGCCUUCUCCCUCAACUGUUUAAUGAUGUUAACUUUUCCCACAAUAACUGCCAAACUGUACUGCCUUUUUCUCCCUAGCAUGCAUUGCAAGACAAAUGUUUUUGUUCGCUUCAUAACAGAUUAUCAAUUUACUGCUAAUUAAAAGAAAGAAAGCA